CGUCUCUGGUACACAUUUUUGAGGUUUCGAAGUUUCUUUCAGAAUGCCCGUGUCUUAAACUCGCUUCUCCUGACAAAAAGAAACUGCAAAGUUUCCUUGAUAUCUCUGCACAAUACUUUGAUUUUGUGUUUCCUUUAGACUGGCGUAGAUCAGUCACUGAAGACAUGCUUUCCUUAAGGGAGACUGAUCUAUCACUCAAAUUGCUUGAUGAGAAUAUACUUCAAAAUGUAAGCAACAAUGGUUAUAUCUCCUAUCGGACAAUCGGGAGAGUGAUGAUGGUAUGUCUUUGUUCCAGUAAAUCUGUUGCACUUAAUGAGAUGAUUAUUAAGGGACUUCAGUGGGCUCCCAAAUGGCUGUCAGCUGUGGAGGUCUGGAAUUCUAGCGUUAGGGACAUGGCGUUUUUUCCAAUGCUACGGAGUGCUUUGAAAGAUACAUUUUGGUCAGACCAGAGGUGUGCUGGCUGCAUAUCCCCUCAUAGUUUUGUGUAUCUUUUGGAUCGUGUGUUUUUUAUGGAGUCUUAUUUUGAAGGGAUCCUUUACACCACGAAGUCUUCUUUCUCUGGGUGGUUCUCACAUCUUCACGCAACUGAUGAACCGGUACUCCUCGAGGUAUUUCUGAGGUUUGAGGUAAACUCUUGACAUUGUCGAACAGAUUCUGUACAAUAAAGAGGAUACUGAAUCUUGGAUUCGGAGAUCAAACAUUGAGGUCUCUUAUUACUACCCACUAUUAGUGUUGAAACUGGUUAUGAUGGUUUCUUUAGCUUGUCUGCAAAAGCCGGACUGUUCUAAAGUGUUAUUUAAAUUGCUCACGGGAAGCAACAAUAUUGCUGGUUCGCUUCCAGAGAAGUUUGUGUACCAUCUUUUAAGCAAAAAGAAGGGUCGUAACUUGCACUUAUGUCCACAAAUAGUUGCAGAAGCAUUUAUGAGCAUAGAAGAUCCUCUCUUGAUUGCAAGUUCAGGAAAGCCAUAUCCGAAAACCAAUGCCCCUGAUGCUACAUUUGUUGACCUUAAGAAAUCUAAAGAGGAGAUAGCGAGUGCAUUAUUUUCAAGGACUGCAGUUUGCUGUCAAUUUUCUUCAGACAAUGAUGAAUGUGAGACGAUUCUAGAGGCACGAUCUUCUAAAACAUUAUCAAAUGAAAAAGGUCCUGUCUAUACAAGGAUGAACCAUAUAAGUGUGGACCUUUGUGCGUCCAAAGAGGAGAUAAUAAGUAAAUUGCUCUCAAGGAAAGCAUUAGAUAGCCCUUCGGACAACGAUGAUUAUGAGAUGAUAUAUGAGGAAAAUUCGGAUGAGAAUGAUGAAUGUGGGGAGAUUCUUGAGGCGCCAUCUUCUUCUAACACAUCCUCAAAUACAAACGUGCAUUCAAAUCCAAAAAGCAAUGCCCGUCGUAAAAUACCUGAUGACAAUAAGAAAUUACUUUUUAGCUUUAUAGAACAAAUGCAACCACCCUCUAUAGUUGAGAAGAUGAAGAGGCUUAUUAUUUCUACGUUUGAAGGGAGUGAAGAUGAAGCCGAGAGUGAACCUGAAUUCAAGAAUCCACAUGUCAAGGGUGGAAAAAAGAAGGCUGUGCAAGCUAUGGCUAAGAGGGGAGCGGGGGAGGAGCAAGCGAAGAGACUGAUGGAUGAUGCAUUCGUGGAAGAUGUAUGUAAGUUGUUCUUGGAGAAUGGGGGCAGUAGCAAGACAAGUGGGGCUGACGAGGCUGCAAAAAGCACGAAAGGAAAGGGAAAGACCAAUAACAAGAAGGGUAAAAAGAAGAAGAAUUAACUGGCUAGCUAGGUGAAUCAGAUGUAGUAGUGUUGGUUUUAUUGUUAGAAUUAUGGUAAAAAGAUGAUUCCAAGCUUUUGUUCACUAAAUUCAGAACGCAAUUUGACUUAACUAAAAAGUGAAAUGCUGGUGCUAGAAUUCGGAUAGACAAAAAGAACGAAAAAUUCUUGUUUCCUAGAACCUGAUGGAUGGAUGGUUGAUUGACUUCAAAACAUAUCUUUUAUCUAAUAUCAAUUAUAUUUGUCUC